AUGGAUUUCAACCAGCUGGCUAUACCGAUGGUGGUGGUCUUCCUUAUGAUCCUUGCUUUGGUCAUAGCCAGUGUCGAUAAACGUAAAUUAGCACCCCGCUUAGGUGUAGGACAUCGUUAUAUCCCCCGCGCACCUUCGAAGCUAUUGGAAACUAGUGACAAGAACGCAUCUCAGAGCAUUGCAUUCUACAAGACUUUAUAUCAUCGGCUACAGAACCUCGAGCAAUACCCUGGGGUUCUGGACCAAGGAAGGGAAUCCUUUGUCACAUGGAUCUCCGAUGCUCUAAAGCAGUCUUUUGAUAAUCCCGGAAAGGACAUUUUGUUAAUUGAACGGUACUCCCGGGAUGGUUUGCUGGCAUUUGUUCAAAGCCAGCAAGAGCAAGUGACCGAGCAGUUUGAAGCGUAUCAUGCCCGGCGGCGAAAUAGUGGCCAGAGGGAACAUUUCCCUGACCGGGACGCCGCUAUCAGGUGGCUCAAACAAGCAGCCCCAUUGAAGCUUGUUGAUGGUGCUUGGCUGGGACAUAUCAACGGCGUGAGCACCCCGUUCAACCUGAGACCCGUAUCCAAGGGGCUCUGGCAAAUCUUGUCCGAGGAGCUUGGGGAUGGCGAUCGCAAGAAGCAUCAUGUAUACGUGUACCAGGAGCUCUUAAGAAGCAUCGGCACGUUCCACCUUGCGCGUCUAGUCCAGGCUUUAUACAAACAGACCAUGGCGCGGAUGAUGUUCGGUUCUGGCGAGCGGCCGUUGCACAUUUAUUGA